GGCUUUGUGUGAAGCGUGUUCGUCCUUCCCAGAUAUUCAUGAAAUAAAAAGUUUCAUAGACAAAUACAAAUCUGUAUACGUAGAUACAGUGGAUAUCGAGGAACAAAUUGCACAAACUGACUGGACCCAAUUUGUUGAAGAAAAUAUCGGAGAGAUUAUUGCAAAGGUCGACUGCAUUGGUCAGAAAAGGACAAAAAGAGACAACACAGAGCCGAGCUUCAGACUUGGCAUUAGCUCACAAGAAUUGGAGGACGAGCCAACUCGUAUGUGUGAACCAGUUGAAGUCAACGAACCGAUGACAGAUGAAGAGCAGCUAGUUUGGAUGUACAUGUUGGAGAUCGAUAAAGAAAAAAAUGCUGCAGAUAAGAAAAAAUCACCAAAGAAAGAGUUACCGAAAACAAAAUCAAAGGGAGUGUACAUAAUAGAUGACGAACAAGAACAAAUGGAAGCAAAAAUAGCAGAGGCCAAUAUGAAUGCAGAAGGGUCAGAAGUACAUACAUCAUUUUUCAAAGAGAUUUUCGAAACGGGAUAUGGAUUACAAUCAAAGGCAUACCUGAUGACACACAUGAUACCGGGAAAACAAGUGUAUGGAAACACUAUAGACUGUUGGGCAGCUGUGCUAAACUAUCAGGAAAGAUAUAAACCGGAACGCCUAGACGUCUAUUUUGCUACUCAUCGACAGUUAUUCCGUGGAUGCUAACUAGUAUAAAAACGAUGGAGUCAAGGUCGAGAGCUUUUAAAAACAAUUUGCUUGCAGUGGUAGACGGUUAGCUAGACAAAAUGGAUCUCACGUCAUAUGACAUCAUCAUUUUGCCUAUGUUUAAACACCACCAUUUUUACCUGGUGUGCUUUGACAUGAAUUGUCCAGCUAUUGAAGUCAUUGACAAUAUGCACAAGGAAAAUUAUUGGGUUUUAUUGAAGGACAAUCCCAAAUUUCUAUCAAAAGGGACGCAGUGUAAAGUUAGGCACAUAUUUUCUACUUACUUGAAAGAAGUGAAACACCCAAAGGCCCUAUUUAUACCACAUGUAGCCCUGAGACGAAGAGUGAUUGGCUGGGGAACAAGGGAAAAUUUCACAGAUUGUGGAAUAUUUGCCAUUGUGGAAUAUUUGCCAUGAGGCACAUGGAGGCCUACGCUGCAAGUAACAAGCCACUUAAUUGCGGGUUCAACAAGAAAGAAUCGGAACAACAAGAACAAAUAAAAAAUUUAAGAAUGAAGUAUGCUGCGAAGAUACUGCUUUCAGAUGCGAAUCUUCUCAAACGAAAGGUGAUUGAAGAUGCGAGGAAAGUAGCGAACAAAAAGAAAGUCGCAUAAUAGUUACGGUCAUAAACACUUUAUUUUGUUGGUUACAAACCACUAAUGUUCGUGUGUAAUAAGUCGUUAGACCUUACUUUUGGUGUUUAGAUCACGGUAAACUGUCGAACGACUUGAGUGUUUAGCAUGUGUGGCUGCACCCGUUAGAAUACGUAGUGAUAUAUAUGUCUAUGGUUCAUACAAUGCAUGUGGUUUAUUA